AUGAGUUUCCACGAGGUGCUCGACAACGUGACACCUUCAAACUUCCCAAAUGGUGGGACACGCAGAGGAUCAAUAACUCAAAUGGGAAGCCCAGUGCUGUGGAGGAAACGUAGCGAUUCGUUAUCUUCCUCUAGCGAACACGAGUCUACGUCAUUUUUAAAUUCAGAUACCACUCGCGAUUAUGGGUCAGUCACUCAAGAUUCGUACAUUCAAAGUAGAAGAGCAUCUUUGCUUUCUUCAAAGCUAAAUGCCCACGGUUUCACUCCAAUAAAAGCUGAUGAUGAUGGCACACUGCGUGAGGUCGAAACUACAAUCAAAACCGAAACCGAGCUUCUGAUCAAAACUUCGAUUCCCUUGAUUGCAACAUUUCUUUUACAAUACUCAUUGACAGUUGCAUCUGUUUUCAGCGCUGGAAGUCUUGGUUCUCAAGAGCUGGCUGCCGUUUCGCUAUCCAACCUGUUGGCCAAUAUCUCAUCUUACGGUAUUAUUCAAGGAAUUGCCUCAUCCUUAUCUACACUGUGUCCUCAAGCUUUUGGAAGGAAGGACUAUGAGGCUGUUGGCUUGAACGCGCUGCGCUGCUAUCUGAUGCUAUGGGUGAUGUUUGUUCCCAUCUUUAUUUUCUGGUACUGGGGUUCUUACCCUUUACUACGCGCUAUAGUUCCUGACGACGAGCUGUGUAAGCUGGCAACGCAUUACCUAAGAAUACUGAUAUACGGAGUCCCUGGAUUUAUGACAUUCGAGGUGCUGAAGCAGUUUUUGCAGGCUCAGGGAGCAUUUCAAGCGUCCACAUUUGUCCUAGUGAUUUGUGCUCCCUUAAAUCUACUAUUGAACUUUGUAUUAGUUCAUGAUAGCCACAUUGGAUUAGGAUUCAUUGGAGCGCCUACUGCAGUGGUGAUCACGAACUGGCUGAUGGCGCUUAUGCUACUAUACUAUGCCUACUUUAUUCAAGGAAGACAAUGCUUCUGUCGUCUAUCGACUAAAGUGUUCACCAAUUGGAAGAGAGCAAUCACUUUGGCUGCACCGAGCGUCUUAAUGAUUGAAGCUGAGUGGCUUGCAUUUGAGAUACUUUCUGUUGCCUCGUCACGGUUUGGCACUGCGUCUUUGGCUGCCCAAUCUGUUGUUUCGACCACCUGCGUGACAAUUUACCAGAUUCCGUUUGCAAUAUCUGUGGCAGCAUCAACACGAGUUGCAUGGUUCAUUGGGUCUGCAUCGAAGGAUGCUGCCAAGAAGGUCACCAGGGCUGCGUUCUUGGUCGCUGCUAUUUUCGGGGUCUUCAAUGCCUCUAUAUUGGCUACCUUCAGAUACAGUAUUGCGUCACUAUUUUCUCAGGACCCAAAAGUGAUACAACUAGCAGGACGGGUGCUCAUAAUUGGUGCCAUAUAUCAGGUGAACGAUGUUAUUUCUUGCGUGACUGCUGGUAUACUCAGAGGUCAAGGGAGACAGUACAUUGGAGGCUGGCUCAAUUUAUUCAGCUACUACUGUGUUGCCCUUCCUGUGGCAUUUUUGUUGGCAUUCAAAUUCAGACUCGAGCUAUUUGGUCUCUGGAUCGGCAUGGUGAUCGCAUUAUUCUUCGUCUCCGUUUGUCAGAGCUACUUCGUGAUCACAAGUGACUGGGAAUCUAUAAUAAAACUGUCCAUUGAGGACGGAAUGGCCCACGAUUCUGGCAACUCAUUGAAGCCAGCAAAGAGCACAAGUAGCUUUGUGGAUUAUAACAUGUUGAGUCCUGCCAUCUCGGUGGCAAGUGGAUGA